CCUCCGCAGCUGAUGCGGCAAACCUAGAGCAAAUGUACGAAAUAUUUGCCUACAAGAUUGCAAGAAACGUUAUUCAUCAUUUGCAGUGAUCCAGCUGGUUUCCUUACUUUAGCACUGAAAAAGCCAGUACAAUGGCAGAAGCCUUCGAUCCGAAAGAGCACCAGCACACACGUUAUAACCCACUGAAGGAUGAACGGGUUCUGGUGUCUCCGCAUCGGAUGAAGAGGCCCUGGAAGGGACAGGUGGAGAAAGUCCCAGAUGAGAACAUCCCCCGGCAUGACCCCAGGAAUCCUCUGUGCCCCGGGGCCACACGGGCACAUGGAGAUUUGAAUCCCGAUUAUACCAGUACGUUUGUCUUUGAGAAUGACUUUCUAGCAAUGUUGCAGGCUGGAGCUCCAGAACCAGGGCCAAGUGAGCACCCACUUUUUCAGGCAAAAGCUGCUGUUGGCACAUGUCAAGUGAUGUGCUUCCAUCCCUGGUCUGACAUCACACUUCCACUGAUGUCGGUGAAGGAGAUCACGGCUGUCGUCAACAAGUGGGCCGAGAUGGUCACCGAUUUGGGGUCAAAGUUCAGAUGGGUUCAGAUAUUUGAGAACAAAGGUGCUGUCAUGGGCUGUUCCAAUCCCCAUCCACACUGCCAGGUAUGGUGCAGCAACUUUAUACCCAAUGAGCCCAGGGUGAAAGACAAGAACCAGAGGGAGUACUACAAGACACAUGGAACACCCAUGCUGGUUGAAUAUGCCAAGAUAGAGGCAGAAAAGAAGGAACGGAUAGUUGUAGAAAAUGACACCUGGCUAGCUGUUGUGCCUUACUGGGCUGUGUGGCCAUUUGAAACUAUGCUGUUACCGCGGCGACAUGUACUCAGAGUGCCAGAUCUCACAGAAAAAGAGCGAGAAGGUCUAGCUGAAAUCAUGAGGAGACUGUGCAUUAAAUAUGACAACCUCUUUGAAACAACAUUUCCGUAUUCGAUGGGCUGGCACGGUGCUCCCACAGGGGAGGCACUCUCUGAAGACAACAGCCACUGGCAGCUCCAUGCAUUGUACUUCCCCCCUCUGCUGCGAUCAGCAACCGUGCGCAAGUUUAUGGUGGGCUAUGAGAUGAUGGCCCAGCCACAGAGGGACCUGACUGCCGAGCAGGCUGCUGAGAGGUUACGCAACCUACCAGACAUCCACUAUAAGGGGAAGGCAGGAAAAAGAGGACUAGUUUAAAAGAUACUCCCCUAUUAAGCCAAACUUCAAACACUUGUUUGAACUACAUGUAAUUCUGAAUCUAACUUCAAUAACGUACAGACAAUAUUUUGAAUGGAUCUGUGCAUGAGCUUACGCAACUCAAACAGCUUUUACAGGAAGCACAAAAUUUCAAAUGUGGCCCAACUUUCUGUGCCCAACCAUCCACCAAAAAGUCAAGCUUCUGGGAGCAAAGAAAAGGGUGUAGGAGGUGUGUAGAUGAUGUCACUGGCCCAUGUGAGCAGUGUUUUACGAUAUUACCAUUAUAGCACACUUGUACAAUGUGUGCGUUAAGCUUGAUAGCAGUGUUACUAUCCUAGACAUGCACAUGCUUGCAUAUACAUGCAAACACAUACAUGUACCCAUUACCAGGUUGUGGGGACAGCAGUUAUGGGGACAGCACAUGUGUUGCAAUGGAGACAUUGUGGAGACCGAAAACAUUACAUGGACAGAUUUUGUUGUCCCCACAAAUCAGUUCUUACUUCCUUACAAGAGAAAUUCCUCCCCUUAAUGCCGUGGAAGCCUACCCACACAGGCUUACCAUCCAAACUCUAUUGACAGUCACAUGACAACAUAUCCUCUAUGGAAUUCUUACAUGCAGUGGCCAUCUUGGGGGCAUUUUGUAUAUGUGUGUGCCCAGUAGAAUGUUUGCUCAUUUGUGUCCCCUUGGGAAAGAAAAGGAAAAAAAUCAAGACCUCCUUUGGGCCACCUACAUUCUGUCAAUGAUAUGAAUCUCUUAAAAAGAAUUUCUAACACUGCAGGCCACAUACAUUCCGAAACAAAUCGAUUGCAUGAAAAAUUUACUUGAUCCAAGUAUACCUUGAUCUUAUCCUAGCAAUUUUUUUCUAAAACAAGAACUUAAGAAUCUAGAUGAGUAUAAAUGCACGGUGGUGAUAAGUAAAGUCUAUAUAGAAGUUAUGUAAUUUAUUUUGGAUUAGUGGAAAAGGCAUUUAUUAGCUAGUACACCACC